AUGCACAAUCUUCAGAACUUACCUUACCGCAGCAAGGAGCAAGACAGAUACGACGCGUCUGACUCAGCUUCCUUUCUCUCUUCGCAGCAGGAACGGGUCGAUCACAACGCAGACCAACCUCAAAGCAGUGCGAUACCAUCUUCACCUCCGACAGAUUCAGCAGAGGCCACGACAAGAUUUCCCCCCCCCCCCCCGGAUGGAGGCGUUCCCAUCGAUGAAGAAGCUCUGGCGAUGUUCCCUGACUAUCACCAUGUUGUGCUUAGCAGUGACGAUGACUCCAGUGAUGGCUGUUCUAGCGACGAAAGCUCCUUCGACGAAGGUUCCUAUGACAAUCACUCCCCUCGAGGAACACUUAUUGAACCAACGCAAGUCAUAGAACCUCUCCAGCGACGCAAGGGUCACCCCCGACCUCAAAUUCCACGUCAGUCCGGUCCCGACCAUCGACACAAACCUAACGAUGACCAGGAAGCAGUUCUAUCUUAUGCGACUCCCUUGCCUGUCUUUAACCACCAAAGAGACAAGUUCGUAGUUGAGUCUGAUUCAUCAAUGCUUGUCUGUCAGCCAUCCAGAGGAUUACAGUCUGCUCAGCCACUACCAACCGUGACAUUGAACCCCAGAGUUGGCAUGGCUGUCGAAGGAGGUAGACUAUAUCUCGCCCAGACGCUACAUCAUUACUACCGCAAGCACAUCCACUGUCCUCGCCACGGUCCUAUCGACGGAAGGCCUGGUCACCAUCGCACAGUCAGGAAAGUGCAUGAGACCGGCCAAGUAUAUCGUGUGUGGUAUUGUACAUCACAGCCCAAGUGGGAAGGUCACCGUAUUGACAACACGGCCUACAUUGAGCUUGCGAAAGUUCAACUAGACCAGGCAUUGUUUGAUCGAGUCCUCCAUGAACUCAUCCGCCAGCUCCGUUCCAGAGAUUGUCAGCCUGUUGCACGCAAUCGCUCGCCUCAGCCUGACGAUUUCGAUCACCUUGCCCUUUUGUCGUACGUCGGCAGUUAUGGUGCGCCACAAGAAGAGAUCUCACGGUCAAGCGACUUGCACGGAACAAACUCCAUGAUGCAUCGAUAA